AUCCAAUCACGAUCGUUUAUAUUAAUUAAUUCAACCUACUAUUAUCGACAUUAACAGUUUAUCAAGAUGGGUUUGAUGUGCAUAUUAUUAGAGAAAAUAAAUAACAUUCUAUGAAAAUGAUAAUCAGAAGAGAAAAUUGGUUCCAGUCAAUGUAUGUGCUUCUAAAAUUAGGUUUAGUUUGCUACUACCUGUUGUCAAUACACAUGUUAGCAUAAUAUUUUCUCGAAUGGGAUAGUUGACCAGCCUCUCGCCAUACUCGUACCGUGACAAAUUGGGUCAAAUUCAAGUAAUUUAUUAUAGAACACAAAUCAGAGAAGUCCAUCCAUAUGGACAUGUAAAAAAUCAUUAAACAAGUCAUAACAUGAUAAACUUGCUUAAAUUAUUGGGUAAAUACAAUAUAUUAGCCACAACUAUUAUGAAACGGGGAAUUAUUGCCACAACUAUUAAAAUUCAAAUAUUAGCCAAACGUUAACUCUCUGUUAACAAUUCAGUUAGUAAUGUUGUCUAAACUUUUAUAUUUUUAAGUUAUAAAUUAAAAUCAGUCAGACGUGGCUGCUGUCGUGGGCUCGUGGCCGAUGACGUGGCUUUCUCCGUUAAAAAUUCAAUAAUAGUAACGGACAGUUAGCCAUAUCUUGACCCACAACAAUAAUUAUGGCUAAUAAUUUGAAUUUACAUAGUUAUGGCUAUAACUCCCCGCUUCAUAAUAGUUGUGGCUAAUAUACUGUAUUUACACUUAAUUAUUCCAUGAAUUGAAGUUUUUAUCAAAAUAGCUUUAUUUUCAACAAAAUUUUCCAAAAUAACAUAUCCUUUCAAGGUGGGCCAUAUUUACCUGUCAGGACUCCAUACGUCCACCCCGUGUUUUCCGUUUUUCCCACAGCUCUUCAGAUCCCGACAGCAAACGUAAAUAGCAGAAAGAGCUGAAGUCCUCAUAGAGUCUUAGUACUCUACUGAACGAAGAAGAAGGAAGACGAAGAGCUCCAUUAUCAAUCUCGGAGAGGGAAGAUUUUUCAUCCCGGUUUCACUGCUCGCUGGAUCCGUCGCCGGCCGCCGCCGUUCGCUAACCGGUAAUGUUUUCCGUCUCUAUCACAUCGUCGUUGAUUGUUGAUCGUGUCAUCCCUGGGGUUCGUCCCACCAUAAUUUGUGCUAGCUGGAAUCCGCAGUUCAACCUGCGAUGAAGUUAGGGAUUCAGUUUGUUAAGUUUACACCCGCCAAGGAUUGAGCAUUAGAGCAAGUAGAACAAGUUCUCGAGCUUUCAAGUGCCAAGUCAGCUGGAUAAAAUGCGCUUAUCCCCUUUUCUGGCUUUUGCCGUCGAUUCAGCAUACGAAUUGGAGUUGCUAGGGUUUGUGCAGUGCUAAUUCAUCGGCGGAGAAAUCACGGGAACUGUGUAUUGGAUACUGGUGGUUUUACCAUGGAACUGGAGUUUUCUUUCAGUGGAAUUGAUGACUUUGGAAGUGUUUGGUGAGUUGGGGUUUUCAAUCCCAUGAACUGGGAACUGAAUUAUUGUUCAUUUUGGCAGGACUGGCUGUUGAACAGCUGCUUCUACUACAAUGGAUAUUUCGAAGUUCAGUCGCGGUCAGUUGACCGUGAUGGGAUCAGGGUUGAGUGUGAUGCUCACGAUGCACUUCACGGUGCAGCUCGUAUCUCAGCAUCUCUUCUACUGGAAGAACCCUAAAGAGCAGAAGGCCAUAAUCAUUAUCCUCCUCAUGGCGCCUAUAUACGCUAUUGUGUCGUUCGUGGGGUUGUUGGAUAUCCGCGGAAGUGAAGCUUUCUUCAUGUUUCUAGAAUCGAUCAAGGAAUGUUAUGAAGCUUUGGUGAUCGCCAAGUUCUUGGCUUUAAUGUAUAGUUACCUCAACAUAUCCAUCAGCAAAAAUAUUGUCCCGGAUGGAAUCAAAGGGAGAGAGAUUCACCAUUCUUUCCCAAUGACACUUUUCCAGCCUAAGACUGUGCGGCUUGACCACCGAAAUCUGAAGCUCAUCAAGCACUGGACCUGGCAGUUUGUCGUCCUCCGCCCGAUAUGUUCCAUACUGAUGAUAACACUGCGAGCUCUGCAGAUAUACCCUUCAUGGCUGAGUUGGACGUUCACCAUAAUCCUUAAUGUCUCUGUUUCUCUGGCACUGUAUUCCCUGGUACUCUUCUACCACGUCUUCGCAAAGGAGUUGGCACCUCAUAGUCCACUUGCAAAGUUCUUGUGCAUCAAGGGGAUCGUCUUCUUUUGCUUCUGGCAGAGUAUAGUGCUUGACGCGCUAGUUUCCAUGGGGAUCAUCAAAUCCCAUCACUACUGGUUGGACGUAGAGCAUUUGGAGGAAGCUUUCCAGAACAUCCUUGUCUGUUUGGAAAUGGCUGUAUUCGCAGUUCUCCAGCAGUAUGCCUACCCUGUUACACCUUAUAGUGGAGACGUACAAGCCAAGCUGAAGAUGAAUAAGAAGACUGAAUGAAUGAAUGAUGCACAUCAGACCAUUAUUAGACUACACGAUAAUAAACGCAAUGUAUGCUUCGAAGAUCCACGAUAUCUGCCACCAUAUAUUCCCCCCCCUGGAUCUCACUGUGGAGCAUACUGGGAAUGAAUGUAUGCGGACUCAUUUCGUAAGCUGUUGUAGUGUCUCUAUAUCCACCUCUCUUGUCUUACAAAUGUGGUUUAUCUAAUGUUCUGAGUGUUCUAAGUGACCUGCGAAUCUAGUUCGUCAUGGAACCCUACUUCGAAACUUUCAUAUCCGAUUCUUCAAGAUGGUGACUUGCAGGUUUGGGUGGGCAUGGGCGCAUGGCAUGGUGUGUAUCUUAUUGCUGUGUGCUGGUUGGCAUGUUGUUUAGGAAUUGACUCUUGUGCAUUUGGCAUUUGCAUUCUGAAUUUCUGAUCCUGAUUUCGCCUUAUUGAGUGGGCCUUCCUUCGUGUUGGGAUUCGUUGAUCAAUGGGCCUUGACGGAUUGGGCCGGGCCGAAACCCUGAAAAAAGAUGACUAAACCGAAACUCAUCCAGUUCUAUUGAGUGCAACGCCAGCCUCUUUCAUCCUAACCAUGAGAACUGACGGAUUGGGUUGGGCCCAAUCUUAGGCAUUUGAUACCUUUUCAGUGGAAUAUAGAGUUGGUCGGCCUUAGCCUCUUAGGUCAAAUCAUCAGUGAAGCACUAGUACCACUACUAUAGUAGUUUUUGCUUUGCCUGUUUUGUUUUUAGCCUCUCCUUUCCUUUCAUUUCUAGAUCAUGUGUUGUGAUCCUGGGUUGUGGUUGGAAUUCUCUGUACUUUAUUUAUUCUUUUUCUUUUAAUUAAUAAAUCUUCACCCUGAUAAAAAAAACAAUCGUGUAAGUUUUUUCUUCCAUAAAUAAGCUCGUUUAUUCAUCGAGAAAGAAUGGUUAUAAGUAAUCAUUCUAACGGGUAAGCAAACAUCACCACCAUUUAUCACAAGUACAGUCCUCUUUCAGGCACUAUCUAUAAGAGAAACAAACUUUACAACUAAUCACAACAAAAACUUCUUUAAACUAUACUAUUUAUCUCUUCUUCUGAAAUGACUACACUAAUUUGAGGGUAUCCAUUUCGCAGUAAUGACAGCAGAUUCUUCAGCUUCUUCAGGAACUGAGUUUCGACCAGGUAUUCACCCGCAUAUAACCUUCUGCAUCUCUCCCUCCAUAACUGCUUACCACUGUAAUCCAAAGGAGCCUGCCACGAUCAGACGCUUGGUUGCUGACUCAGAAUUGUGCAAUAGCUAACUCAAAAAAAGCCUCCCAACUACCUCCAAUUAAAAGUUGUGACUGAAACACAACUUGUAUAAUGUUCCUGGAGAAUGGACUUCCAGGCAAAUUUGUACCACCGAACUUUCUCAUACCUUAGUCUGGUUGUUUCCCAAACCUUCUUAACAGAAAAUUGUACAAGUUUUGAACAAAUUGUGCUUAAGAUUUUGCAUCUAUGCUCAUUUCUCUUUAACCCAUAAGUACCACCUCAAUAUCACCCCAUAUUACUUGACACUGGGCAACAUAUGGUCAAAAUCUAGGAAUAUAUUAUCUACCCAUUAUCUUACUUUUGUUUAACCUCUAAGUAAACCAAAGUUUGGUCUAGGUUGGUAAAUGACAUAUCUCUUCCUUGAGAGAGAAUGAGUUGGAAACGAAGCUAGAAGAUUCCCCAUUCCAUGCAUUAAGGAAAAAGAAGAAGAAAAAAAACAUUAAUUAAGGAUAAGGAAUGUAAGAUCUAGAUUCUAGGCAGCCAUAACGUGUACGAGGUUACCAUUUGGCAGUUGGCACCCCCAAGGUAAAUGGGCGGUCGACUAGAUCCGAUUUCCGAUCAGAAGGUAUUAAAAAACAAAACUAAAAAGAAAAUGGAAAACUGCGUUGCUUAUUUAAGAGAGGGUGGUCUGUGCACUGUGCUUUCACACGGUUUGACUAAUUGACCUUUGAAUUCUGGGCCGCCGUUUGGAUGACGGAGAGAAAACAGACUUCUUUUUAUAUGGGUUUAUCCAAUACCGGCAUGCAAACCGUUACUGUAAACGGUGGGUGGGCCUAAGGCCCAUCAUUCUCGUUUUAAUCUGGUCUGCCCGACUUGGCCAUAUGUUUGGUGGGCCCCGGAAUGGAUAUACGCUACAAUCAGGCUAGGUUUGAGUAGGAUGUCACACGAGACACGUGGACGUGGUGAUAUAUGAAAAAAUUAAUCACGGCCAUUAAAAUUUAAGUGCAGACAAUUUAUCAACAAAAAAGAAAAUUUUAGUUACGAGAAGGAAAAUUUAAUGAAAGGGUUUGAGGGUUAUCAAUAUAUUAGAGGUCUUUAUAAUGAAGAAAAUAAAAUGAAUGGGGAAUUCACAAUGUGAGAAAGUAAAGAAUAUAUAAAUUUAGGUGGUUCAAUAAUAUAAUUUGUGUUAGUUAGUCAAUUUCACUAUACUUGAGGAGAUACAGAUUAUGAGAAAUUUUAUAAUGUUUUAAAGUAUUGGUGCUUUAGUUUUUGUCUUUAUGAUAUAAGUUGAAGUUGUACCUUUACGUUAUGGUUCAAUUUUAGGUAGUACCUAUACAUUUUUGUAAAAUUCCUUUAUGGUCAAACUAAAGUUGUACAGCUAUGUUUUGGUACAACUUUACAACUUAAAAUUGUACCACAACAUAAAGACCAAAUUCUCUUAUGGUACAACUUCAAUUUAUACCUUUAACGUUAUGGUACAAUUUCAAAUUAUACUAUAGUAGAAGUGCUCACCCGAUUGUAAGAAAAUUUUGAAGUAUAUAUAGGACAUUUUCAAACGGACUAACAUUUUAUUUAUUGUUUACACAUCUAUUCCAAUUAUUGGAAGUUUGGAACCAACUCAUCAAGAAACACACACUUCCAACCUUUUCAGUUGAUCCAACCUAGUCUAUAACAAUAAUAACUCCUAACUACCUUUCCUAACCGGCUUUGUAUUUCUUAACCUACAUGACUACAUCUCUUAACUUAGUACAACAGCUUAGAUGUGUUAAGUCUUUUGACUGGAUUUUUUUUUUUUUUUUUUUUUACUGGAGCUUAGAUGUGUUAAGUCAAAGGAUAAAGAGUGAGAUAAAUUCCCUUUCCACCCAAAAGAAAAGAAAAAAAGAGGAGUCGUUUUGCAUCAUGGAACAGCUUCCACACGUCGAGUAAAGGAGUAAGAAGUGUCGAAACAAGCGACUCAUAUUGAAUAUAUUACCCUACAUAUGCACCGUCCAAUUUUCCUGUAUUUUCCCGCGGCUUUCAGCAAUUACUUGCGUAAAGGGCAAUCGAUGACAGUUAUAAGAGAUUAUAGAGUAGUUGAAAACCAUAACCAUAAACCAUGUGGUUCAAAGACAACAAUUAAUAUAAUGGGGAUGGGGACUUAAACACGUGACUUCAAGGACAAACCAACUCUGAUGUCAUGUUAUAAACCAACCAGUCAUAGUAACAAGAGUUGAUGGGAGAGGUCCGUGCAUGGUACUUAACUAUUUCCUUACAUAAUGAUUGGAACAAAUAUUUACCCCAUAAUAGAGAGGGAAAAAAAGCAAAAUUUGAUUUCUGAAGAUUGUACAUGUAUCUAUCAUAUGAUCUCGUGCUUUACAACAACAUGCAAUCGGAGUAUGUAUUAUUCCAACGUAAAAUCGUCCUUGCGAUCAAGCACUCUAUAUAUAUCGUGCAUUCACCAUGACGAGAAUCAAUGAGUAAUAGCAUU